AAGAAGAAACAAGAUUGUGAUUUUUUUUUGUAAACAGGUUCAUGUUGGAUGACUUCAAAUGAAAUGUUAAUUAUUUAGACAUUUCAUGUACCAAAAUCCCGGCAAUAGUAACUUAUUAGCUGGUGGAGGAGGAGGUGGUGGCCAAGCAACUGCAAUAAAUCCCAACGCUCCAAAUAUGGAUUCCAUGCAACAGCAACAACAACAGCAGCAACAAAAUAUCAAUUACAAUGGUAUGCAGCAACAGCAGCAACAACAACAGCAGCAGCAACAAGGUCCCAAUGCUGUUAACAAAAAUAUGCGCAAGAAGCCCUACGUCAAGAUAACAGAACAGCCGGCCGGUAAAGCGCUGAGAUUCCGUUACGAAUGUGAGGGUCGCUCAGCCGGUUCAAUACCAGGUGUUAACUCAACGCCCGAGAAUAAAACAUACCCCACCAUUGAAAUUGUGGGCUACAAAGGGCGUGCCGUAGUUGUUGUUUCCUGUGUCACCAAAGAUCAGCCCUACCGGCCUCAUCCACACAAUCUGGUUGGAAAGGAAGGCUGCAAGAAGGGCGUUUGUACCUUAGAGAUUAAUUCGGAAACAAUGAGAGCUGUGUUCAGCAAUUUGGGCAUACAAUGUGUCAAAAAGAAGGACAUCGAAGCAGCUCUCAAGGCACGCGAAGAAAUUCGUGUAGAUCCAUUCAAGACUGGAUUUUCGCAUAGAUUUCAUCCUUCAAGUAUUGAUCUGAACUCAGUUCGGUUGUGUUUCCAAGUGUUUAUGGAGAGCGACCAAAAGGGACGUUUCACACAACCACUUCCGCCAGUGGUCUCGGAACCUAUAUACGACAAGAAAGCCAUGUCGGACCUUGUCAUUUGUCGUCUGUGCAGUUGUUCCGCCAGCGUGCUGGGCAACACACAGAUCAUUCUGCUGUGUGAAAAAGUAGCCAAAGAAGAUAUUGCCGUGCGUUUUUUCGAGGAGAAGAAUGGCCAAUUAGUCUGGGAGGCAUACGGAGAAUUUCAACAUACCGAUGUACACAAACAGACUGCCAUAGCAUUUAAAACGCCUCGUUAUCAAAGGACAGAUAUAACGGAACCCGCUAAGGUCUUCAUACAGCUGAAGCGGCCCUCGGAUGGCGUCACCAGUGAACCGCUUCCAUUCGAAUAUGUACCACUUGAUUCAGGUAGGAAACGAUUUUUGGAUUUGCGUCGGAACCUCAAGAGGAAACCCGACUACGAUAUAUUCCAAGAAAUAUUGAGUGUUGCCGGUGGUGAGAAACAACAGGUAGACACACCAGCAAUGGAGGUCAUUGACCUGAAUACCCCGACUAGCGAGCAACAGUCAUCAGAAAAUCAAACAAUUGUUUCCGACCAGACGACCGAACAGACUUUGACGAACGAACCGUGUGACGAACGCCUCGACGACGACGAGGAAUCCAAACGACGUAGCCAGCAAGAAAUCGAUACAAUUAUCGACGAAAAGAUGCGAGAGUUAGAGCAGCAACAACAGCAAGAGCAGUUGAGCGCCAUGCAACAAGUGGUGGAGAUCAUAAACACCGAAGAGAAUCAACAGCAAAGUCUCCCCCAUGAAACUGCAACCGGCCAAGAACAACAACAACAGAAUGCCAAUGAGAAAAUCAACGAAUGGAUACAGGCCAACGAGAUGCAGCAACAAGACCAGCCAACAACUGGUGGCAAUGAAUCUGAGGACAAAACGUUAAGCGAUCUGUUGGAACAAGUGGCUGAACUGGAUGAAAUCUAUACGGAACACGUUGUACGACGCGAUACCUACAACAAUGCUCUGCUCAACGAACUUAACGGCAUUGAUGCGUGUGUCCCUGAACCGACCACAGGUCUGGUUGAUGGCGGCCAAACAGCCAUGGAUGUCGAUGACAGCUUUGAUGAUGCUGCCACCUACAGCAGUUUACAGAUCGCAUUCAAGAAUCCCAUUACAAUACCCAUUGAUAAUAUCAUGCCACCCUCACCGCCGACAUCGAUUCAAACGGAUAUCGGUGGCGAUUCCAGUAAUUACGAUCCCGUCGAGGUUAAAUCUAGUCCGGCAGCAGCUGCCAGUACUCCAGAUAUAGUUCAGCAGCAACCUUCUCCACCACGGCCGGCUCCCCCAAGAACCGUAUCAUCACCCCAUAUGCAUGUAACCGCAGUGGAACAGGAAAAGGUUCCACCACUACCACCAAAACGUCUGCGCAAGCAAGACAGCAACGCCGAAAAUCGUUCGAUUGAAGCUAAUAUUGACGACGCCGGACGUAAAAUGAGGCAACAGGCUCCGAUAUUAAUUACCAAACAAGCCGACCAAUUACCUCCGACAAAACGUUUACCCCAAAAACCCGGCUCCAGCAAUACUUUACCACGGCAAAAGAAGUCGGGCUUCUUUUCGAAAUUGUUUUCACGACGCAAGAGUAAGUCUGAUCUAAGCCAAGCAGGCGACCUGGAGACUGGAUCAAAAGGAGCUUCCAAGGCUGGAUCGAAAGCUGCAAGUCCCGAUGCAAGCCGAGAGCCCAGUAUUAGCUAUUUCGAUCUGAAGGAUAAUCAUCGGUCAUCGUUGCGAUCGGCAAAAUCGCUACAACCACCCUCCUUCCCCAGUUCGCCUUCGAAAACAACGGAGAAAGUUGGCAAACCGGUGGCUCGUAGCGUCAGCAGCGUAUCUGGUAAACGUCGCCUAUUGUAUCACACUAAUGCCGAUGUUAUUCACAUUCCUCUAAAGGGCACCCUAUAUCCCGACGAGGAAUAUUCACAUGCCAGUACAAUAACAUUGGCGAACACAUUGGACCAGAACACAGUAUCUGCCCUGGAGCAGGCUCAAAUACCCAUAACUGAUGGCAAUAUGGAGUUGGUAGCCAUUGCGGAUCGUGAGGGUUUGCGUAAUUUGGCCGAUGGCAAAUUCAAUGUUGAACUUGACCCCAGCAUGGAUCUAACGGAAGCUGAGCACUAUGCGCUCUACACGACGAUGCCACCCAAAGCGACGGCCAGCGAAUUUGAUGAGGCCUCCGCUUAUUAUGCGCCCGUUGACGCAGGUGAAAUUCUCUCGCCCGAGGAGGUUGCCCAGCGAUUGUUGGCCGCCAAUCGUCAAAAUUAG